UCGUUUAUGUUAAGAUGAGUGAGUGAGAGCCGCAUAUCGCAACAGCACAACCUCGUAGUUCGAUCGGCGGUAGAAAUACAACAUAAUAUUAAAAUUAUUAUUUGCUUUAUGUACAUUAUAGUCGAUAUUUUAUUUAUUAGUAUGUUUUUUGUUUACACAAAUUAUGUGCAAAACGUCGUGCGUCAAUAAUCGAUCAGCCUCCGAACUAUGUGCGGCAAAAAGUCUGCCCUGGUCUUGUACCCGUUGACCAAACUUACAGGAAUUUUGCGAAAGCAUAUCUCGGAACAUGGUUUCCGUGUAUCUAUAUCUAUGGGAUUAGUUAUAAGUACUACAUUAAUUGUGGUAUUAGGAAACUAUUGGAAAAGAAGAAAGUAUUCUCGAGAAUCGGCACCUGUUAUCAAACAUUAUUCCUAUGACAAAAGAAAAGCUAAUAUUGAUGUACCUUCAGUAUCGAGUUUUAGAAUUUUUAGAACUAGCCAUAGAUCACUAAGUCCUAGCAUCAAAUCUACCAAUCGACAAGCAUCUGUGAUAUCUUCAACUCAAGAUUCUCCAAGCCAUUGUAAAUCUUCAGAAGUUAAAUAUACUGCACCUCAACAACUAGGUGUAAUGGGAAUGGAAUCAUUAGCUUGUAGUAUAUCAUUUUGGGAAGAUGCAUUGACAGCAUUUUCUGGCAAUAAUUCAACGAUGGUAUCCAAUAAACUUAUGUCCACUGAAGAUUCUCAAUUUUGUAAGGAACUUCAACUUUUAGUGGACUCUGCUUACUCAUUACAAGAUCAAUGUCAAUUACUUUUCUUAGAUCAAAGGUCAGUAUUAUUUCGUGUUCAACAGAAUGGAAAUGGUGACACAUUGAAGUUUGAUGAUCGUCGUUCGUCAGUAGAUAGCUUUGUAUCAGCACGCACAGAUGUAGCAAAUUUGAGAGAAUUUGAAGAAUUAAAUUUUGACAACUAUUAUCUAUAUCAAAAUGCUUUAAGGUACUCUGAAAUUGAAGGCAUUGCUUGCAGGAGCUAUCGAACAACAUUAGUGAAUUGUGCUUCAGAUAGAGAAUAUGUCUGUAAAUUACACUGUAUCCGUCAAGCUUUUGAACAUUUAUUCAAGAAUGAAAAAAACUCAAUGUGGUUUUCAGAUUGUGGGAGACGUAUAUUAACUGAUAUAUUUUUAUUUGCCGAAAAAGAUCCCAAGGAUUUUCUUUUAGCUUAUGAAGAGAUGUUGGGUUGGGCAAAAACUGAUGCUCACUGGACAGAGGCUGAAAAUGAAUUGUCAACUAGGGGUGUGAAAAAAAUGACUUUUUAUGAUGUUGUUAUGGAUUACAUUUUAAUGGAUGCAUUUGAAGAUCUUGAAGCUCCUCCUACAUCGGUGAUUGCUGUAAUACAAAAUCGUUGGUUAUCAAAAGGAUUUAAAGAAACUGCUUUAUCAACUGCAGUAUGGUCAGUACUCCGUUCCAAGCGUAGUAAAUUGAAGUACCCAAAUGGUUUUAUGCAUCAUUUUUACAACAUAUCUGAACAAAUGUCACCUUUACUUGCAUGGGGCUUCUUAGGUCCCGAUGAAGAAUUGAGCAGAAUAUGUUUAUUUUUCAAGGAUCAAGUUAUUGAAUUGAUGCGUGAUAUAUUUAGCUUUGAUAAAUGUCGUUAUACUACUAAAGAAGAAUUAUCAGCAGACAUGUUUGAGCAAUUUAAAAUACGAGCGGAGAACAUUAAUAAAAUGAUUGAAAUGAAAUGCAGUUUGGAUGUUAAGUCUUAAGUAUUGAUCUCUUGAUUUAAAUUGAGAUAUACAUUUGCAUAGUUACCAGCUUAUUUUGUGCAUUUGUUUUCUAUUGACAAUUAAUGUAUGUUGUUUGUUUUUUAUUUUUUAUUUAUAAAUUUAAAUUCAAUAUUUUAUUAUUUUGUUUUAAAAAUGUAUAACAUUUUAGUUUUUAUUACAAAAAUGACUUGCCUUUAGAUUAGUUUAUUGUAUUCAAUAGCAUUAAUAAUUGUAAUUUUUUUUAAUGGUUUGGUGUUAACUUUUAUGGUUGAAGUUUUGGUAAAUUAAUUUAAUAAUAAAAUAAUUUGCCUGAUCAAUGUAUUUUAUUAAAAUAUGAUUUUUUUCGGUAUAAAACAUUUGUGUUCAGUAUUGUGUACAGUAAUUUUUUAAGUUGUUAAAAAAAAUCAUUGUAGUGUUAAUCUUUAAUUUACAAAAUAUAUUUAAUUUGAUAGAGUAGAAAUUAUUUAAUAUAGCUUUGUUAAGAUGAAUAUAAUGGUUAUGAUAGGCUUUACAUAUUGUAAAUUUAUAAUAAUCUAAAAUGUAUUUUCAUAUCGGAGUUAAUUUAUGUAAAAUAUAAAUCACUUACAAAUAUAUACUAUCAGUGUGAAUAAGUCUUAUACUUGUGAUUUAGAUAAUAAGUUUUUGUUUUACAACAAUACAUUUAUUACUAUAUCAAUAUAAUUGUUAUAUAGUAUACUAUUUGUAAUUUGUGUUUUAGAUAAAAAAAAUUAGAUCGAUUUAAUUUUAAUUUUGUGUAAUUAUUAAUAUUAGUUCAUAGUAUAUAAUUGUUAUCUCAUAGAACCAAUUUGUUUAUAAUUUAUUUAUUACAAUGUAUACCUAUAUUUUAUGGGUUUGUUGUGUUUGGAUGACAAAAAUGUUCAACUGAAUAAUUUAAAACUGACUUAAUUAAGUCAUUAAAUGUAAUUCAUGACUUGAGUAUUUUUUAAUACUAUUAAUUUUUAAUAAUAAGAAAUUUAUUAUAAUAUUUAUGGGGAUACGCUUUUUAGUUUAAUACUAUAAUACAAUUAAUGUAUUAUUUUUUUUUUUGAUUGUUGUAAUCAACAUGAACUAAGAAGAUAGUAAGUCUUAGUUCAUGGUAAUCAGUUAUCAAUUUUAAACAAUUUAUUUGGUACCAGGAUAUGCACAAUAAAUAGUCUAACAAUAAAUGUAUGUAUGUUUAUUGUA